UCCAGACCGGACCUGUGUUUGGUUUUAUACCCGUGUUCCUGUUUUGGGAUACCACACAUUGCAUUUGAGUAGCCAGCAGCUUUGGCUUUGGUAGCCAAGAUUUCUGCUGCGGGUGUUGUUGCAGUUCGGUUGGUGCCGUGAUGCGCGAAAGAAGCUGAUCUUGCGGUGAAUUUUUCGGUCUAUCUUUUCUCUCUCUCUCACUCGCUCGGUUUUUAAGCGUCUGCUGUUGCUGUAAUAAACGGUCGAUCGCGAGUGUGGUAGAAGAAAAAAAAAUCAAGAAAUCCAGUGUUCCGGACUCAGAGCGGAGUCGGUGGAUGCUGUUAGAUGGGAUUUGCAGUUGCGUGUUAGAAUUUAAUUUCGGAACCAAUUAGAGCUGUCAAGUUGGGUUUGAAGUAAGAGAUAAUUAGUUUUUGUGGUUUCGGUGAGGAGUGUUUUCUUUUUCGCGGUCUGAGAAGUGAGUUGACCUAAAUUUGGCCUCGCAGUGUGUGACCCAGUCAGUACGCGGAAGCGAAGAAUACAUGUGUGAUUAAUGAUCGAUCGGCAAAGGUGUGAAAGAAUGAUUCGUGAUUCCGAAUGAGGAGAAAAUCAACAGUUAAGCAAAAUGGGUCUUAAUAGCGUCCUACUGAAAAUGGAUGGCAUAAGACGUCGUGUGAGACUUGCAAGUGCCAGGAGGUGGUCAUUCUCUGGACCUUCUUGCAUGCUGCUGUUACUUUACGGCUUCCUGGUGAUUGUGACUUUGACACCCAGUUCGACCGUGGCAGGAAUCCGAACGAAGAGAAAAGAGUCUAGCUGCUAUUAUAAUGGGACCCACUUUAUGGAGGGCUCGAUCGUGCCCACGAAGGAACCCUGUCUGAUGUGCAAGUGCCAGAGUAAAACGCUGAUUUGUGCGCUGAAGGUGUGUCCGGAACAACCAAUCCCACCGCCACGGGGUUGCAUCCUCGUGCACAAGAGUGGAGCCUGCUGCCCUUAUCUUCAGUGCUCGAAGCUCCAUUUAGCCAACAAAAAUAACGGGGACCGUAAGAAGAUUCAUUUCCUGGAUUAUUACGAGAAAGCUGCCGAAGAUCGAUUGUCCAAUCCAAAUUCGCUGCUAAGACGAUCAGAUGACGACGACGUAGAGGAAAGUGGAGCUUGCAUCGUCAAUGGUACCGUCUACAAAUCGGGGUCGGCCAUGACUACAUCCUCGCUGUGCUCCUACUGCUACUGCAUCAACGGGCGCCAGAAGUGUGUCAAACCGAAGUGUGCCUUGCCAAAUCCACGAUGUGCGCCGAUCUUCAUCGACUCGGCCUGCUGUCCGAUUCGGUACGACUGCACCGGCAAGAUACCACUGAACGAAAUUACUUCAACCGAGUCACCGAAUCCGGUGCGAAGGAUCAACAAUCGCCACUAUCUGCGAACGGUAGAACAGAAAAGUUAUAGAAACAACGGUUGUGAAGUAAACGGGAAGACUUACCCGGAAGGGGAACGAAUUACUUCGCAAGAUCCGUGCGAGGUUUGCUAUUGUAUUCGGGGCGCUAGGAAGUGCACGCCGAAGAAAUGUGCUCCGGCUAUUAAGGGUUGCACGCCAAGGGUUCCUCGUGGCGAGUGCUGUGCAGUACGAUACGAUUGUAAACAAACGUUUGCUCGCAAAAUCGAAGAUGAGGAGGAGUCAUUCGAUUUCUUCUCCAUUCUGUUCGGCCCAGAUCCCGAUGCACCAAAGGAGGAGAGUAAAAACGUUACCGAAAUACAGGUUACUGAAGCGACUCCGGUGAGCAGUACUUCGGAAAAGAGCUUUUUCGAUUUUCUGAAGGCAGGGUUGGAGUUCAUCGACAGCAAUUCGGAUGAUUUGCUGGAAACAAAUUCAUCUGUAACGGUUAAUACAACUACAUCUGUUUCGACGGAGCUGGUUCCCACUACAGAGAGGACAACCGAGGUUCACACCGUCCGAGUAGAGAUUAUUCAAGAACCACAAACAAUCUACAUUGAAAAACCAGACUUCAACUUCCCGUCGAGAACUACUAUUCCACCCAUACUACGAGCGAGUACUGUUCGAAAAUCAAAGCCCAGGGUAACGACACCGGUUACCACAACUUCAACGACUUCGUCCACUGUAACAACAUCGCCUGCUGUUACGACAUCGUCUACUACGACGGCAUCGCCUACUAAAUCUAUAACAAUGAUGACAAUUUCAACUACCAGCUCGACUACGACGGAAGCACCAACAACAUCAACCGCCCGAGCAACUCAACCGUCAAAUACAACAAUCCCAGUCGCGAUCGAGUUAACCAAAGGCGAACCAGCAUUCCAAGAUUUGGAAUCGGAUUCGUUACUGAAGGAGAACCUUACGGAUGUCUCUAACUCACUCACGGACUUGGAAUCGUCAGAAGUAUCUACUUCUACUAGGGCAUCCGAAGUAUACGUUAGCAAAAUCAUGGUGACGGAAUCUGAAAUGACACCCAAAACAGAACAACCUAUCAGAACUACAACUGACCCUGCAUUGACGAAAAAACCCACAACCGAACCACCGAUCGAAGUAAUCGUAAAGGUAGACGAUACGGUUAACAAGUCAGCCGUAGAAUCUAUCCUGCAGUCAUUACAUGCAAAGAUCGAAAGCAUAGCAAAAACUGAGUUACCUUUGCCGAUUACACCAGUUACCGCAAAGCGACCCAAUGACAAAUUUGUUGGUUAUGAAACAGAAAAACUGCCAACGACAGUGAUCAUCGGACCAGUAGGAAUUACUACUGUUGCAACUACCACGGUUGGAGCGGUAACGGAAGCAGCGAUCACCGAUCGAAGCGAUGUGGUGACAACUGAAGAAUUUGAGCUAGAAAGUACAACUUCGGAAACUGAUACAGAAGAAAGUUCAACAACCGAUUCCAGAAGUGAGGAUAUGUCGGAAUUGGUAACAACUGAAUCGUCUUUAGAGACGACUACCUUGGAGGAAAGUGAAGAUGAUUCAGAAUCCACCACAAAAGAGGAUGCAGAAAUGACUAGCACAGUUGCAACAACUGCUGUUACAGAUCAAGAUAAACUUGAAUUUAAGACUGUGAACGAUACCGAACUCGCAUUUAACGAGAAUGUCACACAAACUGUAACAGAGGUUCCGGUAACUACGACAACGCCAAAACCCAAGCCAGUUACCCAAAAGAACGCGACGAAACCUUUGAUCACCAAAGAGAACAAUCUUUUAUCGGCUCUGCUGACGGAACUGUCAAAUAUCUUCGAAUCGACUAGGAAUGAUUCUGUCAAGCAGAACACCAAAAACCGAACCGAACCUCGUCCAGUAACGCGAAAACCAAUUCCUAUUAGAGAAUUCCAUCGACCGAGCAGCAUCCCCUCGAUACUUGAAUCAGAUAUCAACAUGGACUACGGUGAACCUACGCUUCCUCCAAGUCUUCCGAAUUUGAAGAUUAUACCUUUCCUCCCGGCUGAUGCUGUGAAGAAGAACGAAGCCCCGAUUCCACUAGCUGUACCAUACGAUUUCUACAAGCCGACCCCGUCCAGUUAUCCAAUCAUUACCGAAAGUUACGAAUCAUAUGGAAUACUCAGUGACCAUGAUAUGCACCCGGGAGUUCCAUUCAAACCGCCCAAGUAUGAGUACAGUUACGAUCCGUCGUUGAACUAUCCUGCAUUAACGGAAAACUAUGAUCUGCAAGGUAAAAAUAAUCAGUACAAUGCCCACAUCAUUCGGGACAAGCACGACAUGAUAAACGAUUCGGACUACGACUACGACACGGAUGCACUGGCAAAGUAUGAUAUCCACUCGAAGCAGGAACUGUUCAAGAACGAGCUGAAGAAGUUCAUUCCGGCGAAGUACGAAGCACCGCAGGAAGGUACGUACGUACCGGUGUACGACAAGUACGGCGUCGGGUAUCCGGAGAAGAACGUGUACUAUUCGAACCACAAGGAAAAGUACGAACCGGUUGUUUACAGUGCGAAGCAGGAUAUCAGCACCGAGCAUGCACUGUUCCGGCUCGAGGAGAAGCUGCCGGCGGUGGGUAGCGGCUUUUCGCCGCCUACUAGGACUGAAGGUGGAUUUCUCCCAAAGGAUCACAUAAAGGAUGAGUUUUACUAUGAACCCUAUGCGACAACCGUCUCCCCGAUAGAGCUGACCACCGAAGAUCGUUCUGUAAGGCUACCGUUAAACACUACAGCUCUCAAAUUCCGAGUAACCCCAGCAAACCCAUUCAUCGACGUGAUUCGAACAGAGCCGCCACCGCCUCUCAUCAGUCUAAUCGAAGACAAAGAAAAACUAUUCUCUGUCUAUCACUCGGUAGCGAAGAACAACUACUCUUCACUGGACGAUCUGCUGGAUAACGACAACGUCGACAGUGCCGAGUACGAUAAACAGAUAAUUUCCAUUACCACGGAUGCCAACUAUCUUUCAACGAUUGAAAAUUCGGUGGAAGAUCAUUCCGCAGGAAAUGAAGUUGCGGCGGCUCUGACUGGAUACGGCCCAACAAACCACUCGUUUACCGGUACGGAGUUAGAAACGGCCGAAAACAUUCACAACACAUCCGAACCGGAACCAAGCGGUAUGUUUAGCUUGGAGAAUGUACUGAGUUAUUUAUUCCGAGAGGACGAACAACCACAUGAUAAUGCGAUCAAGAACUCUACCACGGCAGCUCCCGUCUACAUAGAUGGAGUCCAGCCAUUCAGGACGAUCCCAUCUCGAAUCAGUGGAGUUUACGAUUCCUCAGUCAGUUUACUGGGAGACGUCAAACCAUCAUCCGACGAGGAGCAACACGACGGAACGGUUGUACUGAAAGUGGAAAGUGCCUCCAAUGGUCCCAACAACUUGUACCGGCCAUCACUGAUGGAUCUUCCGUUCCUACCGCCAAACUUCCACACCGGCACCGGAAACACCGAGGUAGAGUACAAAAACGACAUCGACCGGUACGGAUUCGAUCCGGACGUGGAACACUAUCAGGUCAUAUCGGAUGGACCGCCCAACACCAUUCCCCACUCGGAGACGACCUACGUGGUGAAUCCGGUCGACAUUAACAAACUGAAGCAGCAUCACUCCGAGGGCACGGCGGAGAUAACGAUGAAGUCCAAGGUGUACAGCCUGAAGGACACGGUCGGCAUACUGAAGCUGGCCGGUUGUAACAUCUACGGUCGGAUGUACAGGGUGGGCCGAAUAAUUUCCGAACUGUCCGGUCCGUGCCUGGAGUGUAAGUGUACCGAAGUGGGGGUUAAUUGUACGCCACUUAACUGCUAACGGGAGUGUGAGUUGAUGAGUGUGUGUGUGUGCGUUCAUGGUGAGAUCGCGACGAGUGUGCGCGUGUGAGUAACUGUGAUUUUAGUGAUAUUAAUUUAGUAACUUUAAGUGGCUUUGUAGGUCGUAAUGAACGGUUACGGCGAUUAUUUUAACAUGUCGACGCUAAUCUAGGAAUAUAGGAAGUUUGGAGAUAUUAUCACCGUACUUAAUUAUCUUAGGUACUACACGUUAGCUUUUGUAAUUACUACUCGUUGCUAAAAAUAAACGAAUGACGCUGAGGAGUAAGAAUAUUUUAGUAGAGUGUUUCGUCUGAACGACUACUGCUCUAGGAUAACCGACGAGAUUUGAAUUACUGCUCUAAUUGAUAGGAAUUGAAAUUUUUCGUUUCGAGAUCAGAAAUUGUUUUUAGUAUUCCGGAUCUGCAUAAAAUAAGUGCCUUUUCACAGUCAGAUACGUUUUAGUAGAUAAUCUAAACACGUUAGAGUCAGCUUUUCUCAUCCAAAGGAAACAUUGGAACAACAGAGAGCAAGCAGUCCCAAUUUUUGAGUAUGAACUCUUUCUCCUCAGAGAUUGUCAUGACAAUAAUUUCUAUUUAGGAAGCUUAGUAUAUAGUUGUAAUUAUUUAAAACAAUUGGAAAUAAAACAACAAACGUAUCACAAAAAUA